UGCUCAAAGACAAGCAUAUACAUGGCGGCAUGAAAAUAAAACUUCUAAAGAAGCAGAACAUCGUCAGAAUGCUCAAUGGCAAGCAUAUGACCAGCGUUGUGAAAUUGAAACUACUGAAGAAGCUAAACACCGUAGAAGUGCUCAAAGACAAGCCCAUGCCUGCUAUUGUGAAGACAAAAGCAAUGAACAAACUGAUUUAUGCAAAAAAAAAUAA